CCAAAUAUUAUUGAACAAGAACAAGAAACUGAUAGUGAAAAUGAAUUUCAAGAUUCUGCAGAUCCAACUAAAAAUAAUUUAGAAAAAGUAUUAAGUUUAUGGGAAUCUAUGCUUGAGAAUGAAAAAUUGUAUGAUUGGGACGAAGAGAUAACUGACUCAUUACUUAAUGCUGAAUUAUCAUCUGAUAUUCUUUUAGCUCAUGAACAUCCUCAAAGAAAUAAACGUGCAAAAUGGAUUCUUGGUGAACUAUUUGUUAACAAAUUAGAUCCACCUUCAUAUAUUAAUGAAUUAUAUUUGUUAUUAUUGGAUCUAAAUUAUAAAAAAGAUUUG